AUGUCACUCUCCUCAGACGACGAAGACCAAGUGCUGUCCGACAAUCAGUCCAUUUCGGCCGAGUCAAGCGACGGCGAAGAGCUGCCCCCGCGACCCCUACAUCACAACUACUUCGCCCCCCCUUUCUACGGUCGCCCACCGACCCCUCUACCGCCCUCGCCAUCACUGACCUCGCUGCUUCGCCCUUCGAGACCAACGACCCCUGACGCUUCAGAUGAUGAUUUCGAGCCCGUUCCCCGUGCAUCGCCGCAGGUCCCGACCUACGAGUACUACGGCUUCGUGCUGUACCUCUUCUCAACCCUGACUUUUCUCGUCUACCUAUUGUGGUCCUACCUCCCGUCGCCGUUCCUGCACGCGCUGGGCAUCUACUACUACCCGAACCGGUGGUGGUCCCUUGCGAUCCCGGCCUUCCUCACGAUGCUGGGCGUGUACAUCUACAUUGCGCUCGCGGCGUACAAUACCGAAAUCUUGACGCUGCCGUUAAAUUCCAUCGAGUGUGUCGUCGACGACGCCUCCAAGGUCGGGGUGAUUGAUAGCAAAGGUCGAUUGAGGGACGGGCCGAAGAGGAGAUCGAGAGACAAGAGGGAUAACCGGUUGCCAAUGGGAGGGUACAACUGGAAGAAUAUCUGGAAUGAAGGGACAGACGCUGUGAUGGAUAUCCCGUUGGCCGGCGCCUGCGAGGUGCUGUAUGGAGAAGGGCGGGAUUUCGAGUCAGAAGACGAGUAUAUUGUGACAUGA